CUCUGACAUAAAUGUCUCAUCGUUUGCGGCCGCCUCUGGCUAUAAUUAGAAAGCUCUUUAUGUGUUUAUAAGUUUAAUAAAUCGCUUUAUUAAAGUAGAAAUAGUACUUACAUUUAUAUUAGUUUGCAACUAACUAAAACAAUGACCUGGGGAUUCGUCACUUGUGGCCCUAACGAGGCUCUCGUAGUGUCUGGAUGCUGUUACUCGAAGCCCCUGCUGGUGCCGGGGGGCCGCGCGUUCGUGUGGCCCUCCAUCCAGCGCGUGCAGCGGAUAUCGCUGAACACCAUGACGCUGCAGGUGGAAUCGCCCACCGUCUACACGAGCCAAGGCGUGCCGAUAUCUGUCACAGGAAUAGCGCAGGUUAAGAUACAAGGUCAGAACGCCGAGAUGCUGCUGUCAGCAUGCGAGCAGUUCCUGGGGAAGUCGGAGCAGGAGAUACAGCAUAUAGCCCUCGUGACCCUGGAAGGUCACCAGCGUGCUAUUAUGGGCUCCAUGACAGUCGAGGAGAUCUAUAAGGACAGAAAAAUGUUCUCCAAAAAGGUUUUUGAAGUGGCUUCAAGUGAUUUAAUCAACAUGGGCAUCACAGUGGUUUCCUACACCCUUAAAGACAUAAGAGACGAAGAGGGCUACUUGAAAGCGCUGGGCAUGGCGCGGACGGCGGAGGUGAAGCGCGACGCGCGCAUCGGCGAGGCGGAGGCGCAGGCCGAGGCCAAGAUCAAGGAGGCCAUGGCCGAGGAGCAGCGAAUGGCCUCGCGCUUCUUAAAUGACACCGAAAUAGCAAAGGCGCAGCGUGACUUCGAACUCAAAAAGGCAGCUUACGACGUUGAAGUUCAAACUAAAAAGGCCGAGGCUGAAAUGGCCUACGAACUACAAGCAGCCAAAACGAAGCAGAGAAUCAAAGAGGAGCAAAUGCAGAUCGCGGUGGUGGAACGUACGCAAGAGAUCGCCGUUCAGAAGUGGGAGGUGCAGAGGCGCGAGAAAGAACUCGAGGCUACCGUCCGCAGGCCCGCCGAAGCGGAGAAGUUCAAGCUGGAGAAACUGGCGGAGGCGCACAGGCUGAAGACCGUGCUGGAGGCCGAGGCCGCUGCGGAGGCCGUCAAAGUUCGGGGAGAGGCCGAAGCAUACGCCAUCAAAGCGAAGGCGGCGGCUGACGCGGAGCAGAUGGCCAAGAAGGCCGAGGCCUGGAAGGAGUACGGAUCCGCCGCCAUGGUCGACAUGAUGCUCGAGACAUUGCCCAAGGUGGCAGCGGAGGUGGCGGCGCCACUGUCGCAGGCGCGUAAGGUGACCAUGGUGUCGUGCGGCGGCGGCGAGGUGGGCGCGGCCAAGCUCACGGGCGAGGUGCUCAGCAUCGUGCAGUGCAUCCCCGAGCUCGUCAAGGGCGUCACCGGCGUCGACAUCUCCAAGGCGGUCGCGGAGCCCCCGGCGGCGCCCACGCCGACCCCGUCGCAGCGCGGAGACUCCGCGCGGAAGGCACGAUAACUGGCACUCUCCACGCAACCUUUGUAUGCUCAUCGAGGGUGUGCGCGCUAUGUAAGGGCGCAAGAGUCGCCGCACAGCAACAACAGGCAGAAGUAGUUUCGGCAAUCUUAUAUGUUUUAUGUUUUCUAAUUGUUUCAUGAUUCAUACCUUGUAUUUUACUAAUGAAGGAUCAGAGAAUUUAUUGUACCUAAGUGCCACUGUCUUGUUUUUUUAAUA